AUGCCUACCAGCAGCAAAGCAGUUGGCAUUACUCGAUCUGUCACUUUCAAUGUAACGGCUGGAGCAGCGAAAGUCCUAUCUUUUGAGCCAGCCACGCCAUAUUCAACCUGCAUAGAAUCACAGCAUUCUCAACCUGGAAGUGGGCUGAGCAACCAGGUUAGCAAGAAUAACGCGAUGUGGAGCUAUUUGAGAUACUCCUUCAUCUUCUUCAUAGCCAUGGUUGCCACCUGGUUACCAUCAUUUGUUAAUCGAGUUUACAGUCUAGUCAAUCACAGCAACCCAAAUUUCGGCUUGAACUUGACUGGAGCAUUUGUCCUAUCUCUGCAGGGAUUUUGGAACGCCAUUAUCUACACAUCAACCACGUUCCCAAUAUUAAAAGCCCAGUGGGCUUCCAUCCUCAAAUCCCUCAAAUCCUUUUCACCUCUGAGGUCGACUAGAAGAGUCACCCGGAGAGAGUCUGCCGACAUCUCGCUCCAGGGAGCGGGAUUUGAUGGAAGGUCUAAUACAGGCAGUACAUCCUCUUUGGCGAUCCGGCCAUCAGUUGAGACUUCUGUGGCUGUAUCUUCCAAUGUGUAA